UUCACGGGGCAGCGUAUAUGUAAUAUAUCUCUAAUAGUCACAUUCACAUGCUGUGGUCACUGAGGCAUGGCAGGGGGUGGGGAGAGUACAGCCUCAGUCACUGGGUUUCUCAUUUUAACAGACAAGAUGUGAUGCUUCUUUGCAAACUGACUGAUUUCCACUUUUGUCUUUAUUUUUCUGAGAUGUAAUUACCAUCCAACUUUAAAACCACCCUUGGAGCCAUCAUCUGCUUUCUGAAGAGGUAAGGCAAACAUUUGAUCAGAACUGGAACUUGUGGGAUAAAAUGGCACUUUAAAACUUUUGAUUUAUGUUGAAAAACACACGGCUGGGCGGGAACAAAAUGACAGGAAGCUGUGGCAGACAGGGGAUGUGAAGAUAAACCAGAAAAAAAAGCAUUUAGAGACAUUUGCUCAUUGAGAUAUUAGCAUGGAAAUGUACUCUCCAGCUGUAAUAAACAGUUAAAUUACAUUUUUUCAUGUUCUUGUCAAAGUGACAGCUCAGCUCAGCAGAAUUAUCAGUCAUGCUGCCGGCAGUGCAGGCAGCAUGACUUCCUCUCAAAAAGAGUCCCUGGAGAUCACCAGGGAGACGGUUAGGUUUUCUCAGCGCUGCUGCUGGACCUAAAAUAAACUUAAGACUUAGUCAACAGAGGAAAGAGGAAGUGUGAAGUGCUUCUCUUUCCAAUCCGGCCUCUCAUACUGAAAAGCAGUAGAUCAAGUCACUUGUAAAAAGGCUGGAUGGGAUUUAUUUUGUCUUUUUUGUUUGUACCAAGAUGUCUCUGUCACGCAAAUACAUCUGGACGAUUGUGAUCCUUGGAAUGGUCGCCUCAUCUGUGGUGAUCGUCUUCAUCUUCCUGUUAAUCAACAGAUGCAUGUUCAGAACAGGAAAACACAAAAUUCGGCAGCUGCAGAGAACAGCCGACUCCAAACCCCAGAGCAACAAAUACCAGGAGAGAAACGUGGACUGCAGGAAUCCCACACCCCCAUUCCCGUCUCGGGCACAGUUCCUCACAGCAGAGGCCCAAAGCUAUGAGAACUUGGCUGAAGAACCGGACUAUGAGCAUAUUCCUGAAUAUGAGCAGAGUACAGACCAUCAGCUGGAUUAUGUGAAGGUGGAGAACGAGUCAGACAUCCUCCAUUGUCCCUCUUUCUACAAUAAUCCAAAUCCACAGAUAAAAGCAUGUAAUUAUGUGGGCCAGAGCUAUGAAAACCUGGCUGAGAACGACUAUGAGGAGAGCACGGACCAGCCGGACUACGUGCAGGCGGACGAUGAGGCUGAUCCAGGUCCAAAUUUUAAAUCCGGUGGUUUGUUGGGACAAAGCUGCGGAAACUUGUCUGAUGAUCAUGACUACGAGGAGAGCGUGGACGAGCCUGACUAUGAGCAGGUGGAUGAUGACACUGAUCCAGGUCCAAAUUUUAAAUCCGGUGGUUUGUUUGGUGAAAGCUGCAGAAACUUUUCUGAUGAUCAUGACUACGAGGAGAGCACGGACCUUCAGCCUGACUACAUGAAGGUGGAGGACGAGAAGACGCUUCCGUCUCAUUCAGCAGAUCCAGAUUCAGGAGACUACGACGACAUCGGAGAGUACGAUGAUGACUAUGAUUAUGAUGAUGUGGAGUAAGAUACACACUUGCUUAACUCAUCUGAAUCCUGCUGGGCAGAGAUUUGUUGUGUUGGCAAUCCUUUUUAUUUUAAUGGUGUAAAUCAGUGGACUUUCAAAAUAAAACCAUAAAAAAAGAUAAAAAUGGUAACAUUGCUAAAAGUAUGUUUUAUAAUGUUUUGUGAUUUUUGCUCAUCAUGUGUAUUUUUGGCCUUUUGGAUAGCUUGUGAUAUUUUACUUGUGAAUAUAUUGUUUUAUAUGAUUCAUUAAUUACAUGAUAUUAGGGGUAUGUAUUGGCAAGAAUCUAGCAAUCGCAGAACAGGCAAGACGAUACGAUAUAUGGUGAUACUAAAAGUCGACAAUACUUUCAAUUUUUAAAACUCAGUUAAAUUGUAAAAUUCGGGCCAAACACAUUCAGGACACAUUGUGGGAUCAGAAUGGAGGUGGUAAACUGCUGCCUCCCAGCAGUGGGACUUUGAAUUACACCUGACCAAAAUAAUACAGUAGAUGUUUGCAUGUAAAUCCUCAAUCAAUUAAAUAUUGAUUCAGUAUAAUAACACAAAAUACUGCGAUAUUUCAGCGUGUUUUCUUACAUCUCUACAUGAUGAGUUUAAAAAAACGGCCGUCUUGUAGCUCACGGUGCCUCAUCUCCUUUUGAAGGCCCGCUUGAAGACAUAAAUGCUUUUAUUCUUUAUUUCAUAUAGAUCAGCAAUAUCAGGAUCAGGGGAAGCAAGAGUCUUGAAAAUGUGCUUGUGCAUAGAAAAGCUUUAGAAGUGAUUAAAAUAUGAUGUGCUGUUGUGCAUAACGGAGCAGUUUUUAGCAUUUGUCAGCGGAAUCCUCUGAAGUUACUAAAUCCCUAAAUGCUCUGAAGUCAAACCUUCCAGAUCAAGCGUUUCAACCACAGACUCGGAAAACUGCUCCGUUUAAACAGGCUGAAUAUUUCAUGAAUCUGUGUUUUUAAAGUUUAAUCUGAGAUAAGUAUGGUUGGAGGUAAAAGCUCCUAAUCCUGGAUCUAACCAACAAAUUUAAAGCAAAAGGGGGUAAAUAGAUGAGUUUACAUCAUGGUGCACUAUCUAAACUGCUCAGAAUGAUGCGAAAGCAUAACUGAGUCUUUUGGUUAAAGAUUAAACUUUUGAGGUGAACAUAAAUAUUUUGUCACAUUUAUUUUAUAAAUGCUUGAAGCCCAUGCACCAUGCUGCAGCUGAUUUGGUUGAAUUAUGUCAUCGACGGCAGGUUUGUGUGGCCCGGUCAUAAAACCCUGAGCUGUUUUACAUUCAAGAUGAGGAACUGGAAGAAAUGUCUACAAAAAUGUGGAAUUAGAUUGUGGAACAAAAAACAUCAUAAAGAACAGUUAAAUCUAUUUUAUACCUGUUUGUGUGAUGAGUCAUCUAUUUAACAUGUUUAAGGCUUCACAUUUGGGGAAGUAAAUUCUUCUUAGUGCUGGUAGAAAUAGAGGAAUGAUCAUGAAAGGUUCUCAAUGAAUCUUUUAUUUUGAAAUUGUAUUAUUAAAAAAGGUGCAAUUGUUUGUUAUACUUAAUAAUGUCCCAAAGUUAAAAUAACUUUUCACAUUAAAUGUGCAUUUUUUGACACACAGAGUGACUUUUCUUCUGGUCUGGGUCAUUUUUAAACCUCUUUGUUCAUUUCUCAAAGCUGGAACACUGAAAAUUAUUUAAACAACAUGUACUCGUUAUUUCUUAUUGGAUUUCAACAGCUUUAUUGAUGGAGCUGCCUUGUGCAUUAAAACCUGAUGAAGACACAUGCUGGUUUAUUCGCCACAAAGAAGGACUUUCAGCGUGUAAAAUCUAUAGGUUCAGUUGUUUUGUUAUUUUGUUCUUGGAGGGAUGGAGACCUCUGUCACCAUCCAUCCAUUUUCGGACGCUUAUCCGGGGUUGGGUCGCAGGGGCAGUGGCAUAAGCAGAGAGGCCCAGACUACCCUCUCCUCAUCCCAAGGCGUUCCCUGGCCAGCCGAGAGACAUAGUCCCUCCAGCCUGUCCUGGGGUCUUCCUUUAGGGCUUCUCCUGGUUGGGCGUGCCCGGAAAACCUCACAAGGAAAGUGUCCAGUAGGCAUCCUAACUAGAUGCCCGAGCCACCUCAGCUGGCUCCUCUCAACGUGGAGGAGCAGAUGGUCUACUCUGAGCCCCUCCCGGAUGACCAAACUUUUCACACUAUCUCUAGGGGAGAGCACAGCCACCCUGCGAGAAAACUCAUUUUGGCCACUUGUAUCCACGAUCUCGUUCUUUUGGCCACUACCCAAAGCUCCUGACCAAAGGUGAGGGUAGGAACGUAAAUCCACCGGCAAACUGACAGCUUCGCCUUCCAGCUCAGCUCUCCCUUAACCACGACAGAUUAGUACAACGCCCGCAUCACUGCAGAUGCAGCACCAAUCCACCUGUCGAUGUCGCACUUCUCUCCCUCACUCGUGAACAAGACCCCAAGAUACUUAAACUCCUCCACUUGGGCCAGGACCUCAUCCCUGACCUAUCAUCCCUGACCGCUAUCAUCGAGUCCACCCUCACCUCCUCCAUCACUGUGUGGUACGCUGGAGCUACCGCCAGGGACAAGAAGAGGCUGCAGCGUGUCGUGCGCUCUGCAGAGAAGGUUAUUGGCUGCAAACUCCCCUCCAUUCAAGAUCUGUACACCUCUAUAGGACAUUGAGGCGUGCAGGUCGGAUAAUAGCUGACUCGUCUCACCCUGGACACAGUCUCUUCGACUCGCUCCCAUCUGGCAGAAGGCUCAGAUCCUUUCGGACCAGAACCUCUCGCCACAAAAACAGUUUCUUCCCCUCUGCAGUUGGACUUUUGAAUGAAAAUCCUAGGGCAGCCCACUCAAGUUGAUUGGUCCCAGUCACGUGACCCGAUGCUGUGCUUGAACCAUUCAACAAAUACUCAGAUAAAAACCUACACGGAGUAGAUAGCUGCUUCUCUAAUUCUUGCCACUUUUUACAUUAAUAAUUUUAUCAUGAGUGUUUUAUUAGUUCUUAUAUUUGCUUAUCUCUUAAUUAAUUAUUUUUUCUAUCUUACUUUCUGCACCAAAAUACCGCAGC